AUCUUCUCUACAUUAAACUAAGAUAAUGACAACAUCUUCUUCUUCCUCUGUAAUUAUGAAGAAGAACUAUUGAAGAGAUUUGCAUAAAUUACAAUCUUGUCUUGUGAAUAUAUAUAUAUAUAUAUAUAUAUAUAUAUAUAAAAGACUUUCUGCAUAUAAAUCAUUCAACAAGUUCUUGUAAGUCAUGGGUGAAGAAGCAGCGAUUGAUCGUUUACCUUUACACCUUCUUGCUUAUAUAUUUUCUCUGGUCACCUCUUUCACCGAAUUGGCCCAGGCAAGUGGGGUUUGUAAGAAAUGGAGAAAAGCUGUGAACCAAUCCAUGGCAAGAAGACAAUCUCUGAGCUUUGCUGGCUGGAAAAUGGACGAUGAUUCCACUUCUCGUCUCGUUCAUCUCGCUUACAAUCUCAAAGAACUCGACAUAUCUAGAAGCAGAUGGGGUUGUCAUAUAACAGAUAAUGGUCUUUACCAAAUAGCUUCUGCUAGAUGUGUAUCCAAUUUAACCUCAAUCUCUUUAUGGGGCAUGACCGCCAUUACUGACUCUGGUGUUGUUCAACUGGUAUCAAAAACUUCUUCCUUGCAACAUCUGAACAUUGGAGGAACAUUCAUCACCGACGAGUCCCUUUUCGCCAUUGCAGAACGCUGCCAUCAUCUCAAGACAAUCAGCAUGUGGUGUUGCCGCCAUGUGACAGAGAGAGGCCUUCUUGUUCUUGUCAACAAAUGCAGAAAACUCGAAUCUCUCAACCUAUGGGGAACUAGAGUUCCUGUUGAUUGCUUCAUUGCUUUACUUACCAUCAGUCCUGCACUUCAGAUCAAACCCAUUCAGUUACUCCUCAAUGCUCAGAAUCCACCACCACCUUUGUUGCAUGCUGUCUAGUCUUUUGUUGCUUUCCUUUGUAUAUAGUAAUUCAUAAAAAAAAAUAUGAAAUCUCCAUUUCUCUUAUGUGUUCUCUCAUCAAUAAAAAGAUUAAAUAAAUUA